AAAAAACAAAAACAGAAAUCAUGUGACAGGUCGGGUUCGCGCAGGCGCGGACGAAGUGACCACAUUAAUUAGUCCAAGUGACAUUGUCUGUGGAAUAUGAAUAUAAUGUUACGUAUCUUCACGGUGACAGCAUAUCUGCUUUUUCCUAGCAUGCUGUACGGGCUGCCGUACAGUUAUUUUCAGGCGAAAGACCAGUAUGGUACCAAUGCAAACCCUGAAUUUUCUGAGAAGUACUUCAUACAGACUGUGGACCACUUCAACUUUAACAGCAUGGGAAACGCGACUUUUAGCCAACGUUACUUGAUAAAAGAAACGUUCUGGAGGAAAGGCUCUGGUCCCAUCUUCUUCUACACUGGAAAUGAGGGGGAUAUCUGGGAAUUUGCCCUGAACUCUGGUUUCAUACUAGAGUUAGCUGCUCAACAGGAGGCUCUGGUCAUAUUUGGUGAACAUAGGUACUAUGGAAAAUCUAUGCCGUUUGGCAAGGACUCCUUUAAUAUCCCUCAAGUGGGUCUACUCACUGUGGAGCAAGCCCUUGCCGACUACGCUGUCAUGAUCACUGAGCUGAAGCAUCAGCUAGCAGCUGCAAACUGUCCUGUGAUUGUGUUUGGCGGCAGUUAUGGUGGAAUGCUGUCGGUCUAUAUGAGACUUAAGUAUCCAAACAUCGUUGCUGGAGCUCUAGCAGCCAGUGCCCCUAUUCUGUCCACUGCUGGUCUGGGAGACACGAGGCAGUUUUUCAGGGAUGUUACAGCUGACUUCGAGAACAUUGCGACUGAAUGCAGAGAUGCUGUUCGACAAGCUUUUCAUCAGCUGAAGGAAUUAGCAGAGUCCCAAGAUUACAGCCGGAUCCAGUCCGAAUUUGCCCUAUGUAACCCUCCAUCGUCUGGUCAGGACAUCAACCAGCUCAAUGGUCUUCUCAGGAAUGCCUUUACAAUGAUGGCCAUGCUAGACUACCCUUACAGCACUCACUUCAUGGGUAACAUGCCGGCCAAUCCUGUCAAGGUGGCCUGUCAAACCAUGCUCAGGGGAUCUGACCUGCUGGCUAAUCUCAGGGACACUGCAGGGAUCGUAUACAACUCUACUGGGAUACUGGCUUGUUUUGACCCGUACAGUCUGUAUAAGGAGUGUGCUGAUCCAACUGGAUGUGGACUGGGCUUCGACAGCUUAGCAUGGGACUACCAGGCAUGUACAGAAGUUGAGCUCUGUUACGAGAGCAACAAUGUGACAGACAUGUUUCCUCCGAUGGCUUUCACUGAGAAAGAUCGUGAAACUUACUGCUCCAAACGCUGGGGCGUGAUUCCAAGACCUGGCUGGCUUCGAACUCAAUUUUGGGGUGACGCACUCUCCACAGCAAGCAAUAUCAUUUUUUCCAAUGGAAACCUGGACCCCUGGGCCAAUGGAGGGGUGCGCAAGUCUUUAAGUUCAUCCCUGAUUGCUCUCAACAUCUCCGAGGGAGCCCAUCAUCUGGACCUCAGGGGAAAUAAUGAAGCUGACCCACCAUCAGUCAUCAGAGUUAGAAAGAUGGAAUCUGAGAUUAUUGCACAGUGGGUGAAGAUGGAAAGGAUUAGAUUAUCAGAGUGACUGUUACAGUUUUCCUUUUUUAUUUUUAAAACAAAUCUGUUAGGAUUUACUGUACAUACAACCAAAGAAAAUUUACAAGACUUCUUUGAAAGUGAGGAUCAGGACAGCACCUUGUAAAAUGCUCCGAGGGAAAAUGCAAAGAUCAUUGAGUUUAAAUUCAUAAUACAUUCUGCAUACAAGCUGUAAAUGUAUCCAAUACCUUUUAAUCACCCAUUGGAAAAGGAUUGAGUUGAUAUCAGAAUGUAUUAUUCUUCUGGAUCUGGAAAAACUCAAAUUGAUUAUGGAUUUCAGAAAUCCAAAUGUUUAAUGAUGCUUUAGGAAACAUUUCCAAAUUAAAGCUGGUGCCAUAUACAGUAUUACCAUCACAUACACAUAACAUACCACUAACUUCUUGCUGGAAUGAAAUUUUUGAGGGAAAUCUUGACAGAAAUAUUCUGUAUUUGUUGUUAAUAAAGUUGUAUGUUCAGAAAACAGAAAUAAUAAAAGUGAUAUGAAA